AUGGCUUGGAUGACUUAUAUUUCUCACUGGUUUGAUGAAGAUGAUUGGUAUGAAGGACACCAAAGAGCAAAGAUGUCACAGGUUAAGCAAGUGGGCCUUUUAGCUGCUGGAUGUCAGCCUUGGAACAAAGAUGUAUGUGCUGCUAGUGGGGAUAGAUUUGCUUAUUGUGCCACACUUGCUAUUUAUAUUUAUCAGUUGGAUCACCGAUAUAAUGAAUUCAAACUCCGGGCAAUUAUGUCUGAGCAUAAAAAGACAAUCACAGCAAUAUCUUGGUGUCCCCACAACCCUGACAUGUUUGCAAGUGCCAGUGCAGAUAAUUUAGUGAUCAUUUGGAAUGUGGCUGAACAAAAAGCUGUUGCAAAACUGGACAGUACAAAAGGGGUUCCUGCCUCACUUAGUUGGUGCUGGAAUGCAGGUGAUGCAGUUGCAUUUGUUUCCCAUAGAGGCCCAUUGUAUAUUUGGACUAUCUCAGGACCAGACAGUGGGGUAGCUGUACAUAAAGAAGCACAUAGUUUCUUGUCAGACAUUUGUCUAUUUAGAUGGCAUCCAAAGAAGAAAGGAAAAGUAGUAUUUGGACACACUGAUGGAAGUCUUUCUAUUUUUCAACCAGGUUCUAAGAGUCAGAAACAUGUCCUAAGACCAGAGUCUCUUGAAGGGACAGACGAGGAGGAUCCAGUGACAGCCCUGGAAUGGGACCCUCUGUCGACUGACUAUCUUCUUGUUGCUAAUUUACAUAAUGGCAUUCGACUAGUUGAUUCUGAGUCUCUCUGCUGUAUCACAGCAUUUAAUUUUCCUAGUGCAGCAGCAUCAGUUCAGUGCUUAGCCUGGGUUCCUAGUGCUCCUGGAAUGUUUAUUACUGGAGAUUCUCAGGUUGGAGUGUUACGUAUUUGGAAUGUUUCACGCACAACACCUAUAGAUAAUUUUAAAUUGAAGAAAACAGGGUUCCAUGGUUUACAUGUGCUCAAUUCUCCUCCAAAGAAAAAGUCACUUUCAUCACAUUCUCCUACUAAAAAUCAUCAUACAUCAUCUACCAGUGAGGCCGUUCCACCCCCAACUCUAACCCAAAACCAAGCAUUCUCUCUUCCUCCUGGCCAUGCUGUCUGCUGUUUUAUGGAUGGUGGAGUGGGACUUUAUGACAUGGGAGCCAAGAAAUGGGAUUUCCUUAGAGAUUUGGGACAUGUUGAAACCAUCUUUGACUGUAAAUUCAAACCUGAUAACCCUGACCUUCUAGCUACAGCAUCAUUUGAUGGGACAAUAAAAGUUUGGGAUAUAAACACUUUAACAGCAGUCUACACCUCUCCUGGGAAUGAGGGGGUCAUUUAUUCUCUUUCUUGGGCUCCAGGGGAUUUGAACUGCAUAGCUGGUGCAACCUCCAGGAAUGGUGGUUUUAUCUGGGAUGUCCCUAGAGGCAAAAUGGUAACCCGGUUCAGUGAGCAUGGAAAGAAUGGAAUCUUCUGCAUUGCCUGGAGUCAUAAAGAUUCCAAAAGAAUAGCGACCUGCAGUGGUGAUGGAUUCUGUAUUAUUCGAACCAUUGAUGGCAAAGUUCUUCACAAGUACAAACAUCCAGCUGCAGUUUUUGGUUGUGAUUGGAGCCAAAACAACAAAGAUAUGAUAGCCACUGGAUGUGAAGAUAAAAAUGUUCGUGUUUAUUACCUAGCAACAAGCUCUGAUCAGCCACUGAAGGUUUUUACGGGGCAUACUGCAAAGGUGUUUCAUGUAAGGUGGUCUCCUCUGAGAGAAGGAAUCCUCUGCAGUGGUUCUGAUGAUGGCACUGUUCGAAUAUGGGAUUACACACAAGAUGCUUGUAUAAAUGUUCUUAGUGGACAUACAGCACCAGUACGGGGACUAAUGUGGAAUACUGAAAUCCCUUACCUAUUAAUAUCAGGCAGCUGGGACUAUACAAUUCGGGUGUGGGACACAAGAGAUGGAACCUGUCUAGACACAGUUUAUGAUCAUGGUGCAGAUGUAUAUGGUUUAACAUGUCAUCCUAGUCGUCCAUUCACUAUGGCCUCUUGUUCUCGUGACUCCACUGUGAGACUUUGGUCUUUAACACCUCUGAUAAACCCUCUCCAAAUAAAUAUCCUGGCAGACAGAUCUUGGGAUGAGAUCAUUGGCAAUACUGAUCGUGCUGUGGAACCAGGUGCUCCUCCCUUGCUGUGUGGUAAAGUAUCCAGGGAUAUUAAACAGGAGGUGGACAAGCUGAUUGGUAAUCCUCGAGGGAAAAAACUAAGGUGGUUUUCAGAAUGUUUGUCACCUCCAGGAGGCAGUAAAAAUUUAUGGGACCUCGUUGCUGUAAUAAAAGGACAGGACGAUAGCUUGCUUCCACAAAAUUAUUGCAAAGGAAUUAUGCAUAUGAAACAUCUGGUUAGAUUUAGAAUGUCCAAAGCCCAAGAACUAACAACAGUAAAAAUGUCCAAAUUUGGAGGAGGUAUUGGUGCACCUAGCAAGGAGGAAAGGCUAAAAGAAGCAGCGGAAAUACAUUUAAGAUUAGGACAAAUUCAGAGAUACUGUGAACUUAUGGUGGAGCUUGGAGAGUGGGACAAAGCACUCUCAGUUGCACCAGGUGUUUCUAUGAAAUACUGGAAGAAGCUAAUGCAAAGGAGAGCUGACCAGUUAAUUCAGGAGGAAAAUGAUGAUGUUAUCCCAUACUGCAUAGCUACUGGUGAUGUGGAGAAACUAGUCACUUUUUUUACUUCAAGAGGCCAACUUAAAGAGGCUCUGCUUGUUGCACAGGCAGCUUGUGAGGGAAAUAUGCAAAUCUUACAGCUUUCAGCAUCAAAUGGAUCUUCAAAUACUGAUGGAAAUUUGGAAGAUUACAAUGAACUCCUCCACAGAGUCAGUAAAGAACUGGCAGAGUGGUAUUUCCAGGAUGGCCGUGCAGUGCUUGCAGCGUGUUGCCAUCUAGCUGUUGAGAAUAUUGAGCUUGCCAUGGCAAACCUGAUUCGUGGAAAUGAACUGGAGUUGGCAGUCAGUGUGGGUACUGUCUUAGGAGAAAGUGCAGCGCAAGCAACACAUUAUGCUCUAGAGUUACUAGCAAGAAAAUGUAUGACAGUAACAACAUGCUUUCCAUCUCUUGGAUACAGUUACACUUUCUGUUUGCACAGGGACUUGGCAGCAGAUCUUCUCAUGAUGACUCCCAAUAAUGAACUGCAGUUAGUAAAGCUAUGUGCUUUCUAUCCUGGAUCCACAGCAGAGAUAAAUGACCUACAUGCAAAGUGUAAUCUACCAGGUGUAGAAGAAUGUAUGCAGCUAGCAGAGACUGCUCAGGCAAAUGGAGACAUAUUUGAAACCAUAAAAUACUAUUUGUUAAGUACAGAACCAGAAAAAGCCCUUCCUCUUGGCAUUCAAUAUAUUAAAGAACAAAUCAGUAGCUCAGAUUGGACUUUGGAUUCAGUGUGUCCCUUUCUUGAUCUUCUAAGCUAUAUUCGCACUGAAAGAUUAGUGCUGCAUAAAUGUAGUGAAGUUCGGAAUGAGCUGCUGAUAUUGUCUGGUUACGCUGGUGCUUUACUUGCUAUUAGAAGACAGUAUGCUAGCAUUGUACCUGCACUUUAUGAAUACACAAGUCAGCUUUUAAAACGACGGGAGGUAUCUGUACCCCUGAAAAUUGAACAGCUUUCUGAGGAACUAGAUGCUUGGAGAGCUUGUACUCAGUUAGUCAACAAAUCUACUGAUGAAUUGUCAUAUACCCCUCCAUCCGAAUCACAGAGAAUGGUUUAUUCAACAUUGGUAUCACGAAUAAAAGAAGAGCCUCUUAAAGGAAUUAUUGGACCAGAUUACGUCACUGGGUCUAAUCUUCCUAGUCACUCAGAUGUUCACAUCUCUUGUUUGACAGGGUUAAGGAUACAGGGUCCAGUGUUUUUCCUUGAAGAUGGAAAAUCAGCUAUUUCACUGAAUGAUGCUUUGAUGUGGGCCAAAGUGAAUCCCUUCUCACCAUUAGGAACAGGAAUACGACUCAACCCAUUCUAA